CCCACUCCGAGGCCCCGCCCAGGCCACGAGGCCGGGAGAGGAGGUUUCCAUGGAGACGGCAAACAAGGCGCAUAUUUGAGGGGCUGCCGCUGGACUACUACCCCCGUCGCUGCCAUGAUCCCCCCUGCGGACUCUCUGCUCAAGUAUGACACCCCGGUGUUGGUGAGCCGAAACACGGAGAAGCGGAGCCCCAAAGCACGGCCGCUGAAAGUCAGCCCCCAGCAGCCUGGACCUUCGGGUCCGGUCCCACAGCCACCAAAGACCAAGCUUCCCUCAACAUCCUGUGUCCCAGAUCCUACGAAGCAGGCAGAAGAAAUCUUGAAUGCCAUUCUGCCCCCAAGGGAGUGGGUGGAAGACACGCAGCUAUGGAUCCAGCAGGUGUCCAGCGCUCCCAGCACCAGGAUGGAUGUAGUGCACCUGCAGGAGCAGCUGGACCGGAAGCUGCAGCAGCGACAGGCCAGGGAGACGGGCAUCUGCCCCGUGCGCAGAGAGCUGUACUCGCAGUGCUUCGAUGAGCUGAUCCGGGAGGUGACCAUCAACUGUGCGGAGAGGGGACUGCUGUUGCUACGAGUCCGGGACGAGAUCCGCAUGACCAUCGCCGCCUACCAGACCUUGUACGAGAGCAGCGUGGCCUUUGGCAUGAGGAAGGCGCUACAGGCCGAACAGGGGAAGUCAGACAUGGAGAGGAAAAUUGCAGAAUUGGAAACGGAAAAGAAAGAUCUGGAGAGGCAAGUGAAUGAGCAGAAGGCCAAAUGCGAGGCCACCGAGAAGCGGGAGAGCGAGAGGAGACAGGUGGAGGAGAAGAAGCACAAUGAGGAGAUUCAGUUCCUCAAGCGGACGAAUCAGCAGCUGAAGGCCCAACUGGAAGGCAUUAUUGCACCAAAGAAGUGAUAAUUUCCAUAUGGGUCUCAGCAAGCACUGCUACCCCAUCAUAAGCCCGUUGUAAUAAAAAAAAAAGCUAGUCUCCUGAGUGAACAAGCCAUACCCUCCCCUGAUCACCACCCACACGUUUGUCAGAAGUCACACGUGGCCCCAGUGUCAUGAACACCUAGGUCUGGCAGCCAGGCUCUCGGCCGGGCAGCGGAAGGUGCCACAGUCUCUGUACGUGGCCAACCUUGGGAUUCGCCAACCCGAGCAGUCAGGCUUUCUGCCCCGUCCCUCGCAGGUGAGGCAACGGCCCUCCCGCCACUGCUCCACACUGGCACUUAUUUCUAGCCAAAUGAAGCUGCCUCCCUGCCCUGGUCCUGGUCCGCGAUUCAUCUUAGACCUGAACUUGGGCUUCUGGGGCCUGUCUUUCCCUUACUUGGUGCCUUUCACCAUCCCUACCCCAGUGCAGUUCUAGUGGCUCAUUUUGGAGAUUUGGGUUUAUGUGAUGUUGUUUUAUCCCUGCCCACCUAGCCCACCACGCCUACUUCCCCAGUUUGCACAGUUGAGGAGGCGCCAAAGGCGGAGUCAAACCCGCCUUGAGAAAGUAAAUGUUUGCUGGGAAGAAAUACAAGUCACAAGGUCCCCGGUGAGCUGCCUGCACCUCGGCCCCUGCCUGCCGAUUUGGUUUGUUCAUCUUAUUCUGCAGAAAACCAACCCCUGACCCUACACCCCUAACUGGCUGGGGCUUCAUAACUGGAGAGGUACCCAGACCUCACAUGCAGCUCUAAUUAUUAAUGGUUAGGCUAUGGCCUGUAGACUGCACUUUAGUAUUCCUUGUAAGUUAAAUCCAAAGUUUGGAGGCCCGUAAACCCAGAAGAGGAAGUUAGCGAAACAAAGCUUUAAUUUAGGGCAAUCCGGGUGGGCCAGUGCAGCAAGAUGACUCCAUCCAUUUAAAUUUCACAAGGAACACACCUAAGGAGGCACUGACAUGUCCACUCGGUUGGAAUGCCUCAAGCUGCAUUCCCAAGGAGCCAAGGACUCUCCUUAGAGCUUUGACCCGACAUCAUCCCAGUGAAGGCUCCAAGGCUCCCUGGAAGAAUCGCAUUCCUACAGGAAGAGCUGUGUUCCCAAACAUGCCCCACGCAGCUCUAAUCUCAGAUCCGAAGUCACAGCUUUCACCCUCCUCCGGGUGCCCUGAGGGGACUCUAAGACCCCACCAUAAGAGCCUGGCUGGGCUGUCACCGUCGCGAGACAGAACUCUGCUGAGGUGUGCUGGUUCCAGGACUCCUUGGACGUCAAGCACCUACGUCCUGUGGCCAGCUAACAGACACAGCGACAGACAACUGAAGAUGCUGUCACUUCUUCGUAUUUUAAAGCUUAGGCCGUGUACAUUACGUCCUUGAGAUUUUCUCGUUUUUACGCUUCUGUUUCAAACUGCUAAUUGCCAGUGUAAGAGAAAUGCCACUCUCCGUUCUAUAGACCUCAUCUGUUUCCGUCAGACGUGCAGGACAUGGCUACGCUCUGGAGGAACCAAGAAGUGCCAGUGGACCCCAUCACGGAAAGCCCUGGGGGCGGACAGACUGUUUUCACCAGCACUGGUGAAUGGUUUCAACUGUCAAACCUCAGAACAAAAGCAUCAUGGCCUUAGAAAUGCCAACCGGGCAUGAAGAAAAUGAACACAGUUUCUAAUUGCCUAUUUCUGUAUAAUUUAAUAAACUUUUAAAAUGUUA